GCAGCAGCAGCAGCACAGUGCGCCAGGCAGCGGGAGCACAGGCGUGGGGCUCACCGGGGAACGGGCACGACGGAGCGGGCAGCGGCAGCGGAGUGGCAGCGACGGUACUUCUCGCAGAAAACACGGUUUCCUGAUCGGAGAGUACCCGUUUAAGACCUGUUAGGACUUUUGAGUGGGAGGGUGGGUGCAGUUAAUAAAAGGAAACUCCUUCACGGCCAAAUUUGGGAGCACCGUAGCCGGUGGUGGGGAGGAGGGGAGAAAGAUGCAGUUCCAGUCCGACUCGGUGCGCCGCGCAGUCCGCCUCCGACGCUGGUGAUGCCCGCCGCGCGGGGAUCACCGCCCAGCAGCAGCAGCAGCGGCAGCAGCAGGAGGAGGAGGAGGUCAGGACAACAGGGCGUCGGGGGGCCGGUGAUGAUGAUGGUAAGGUCGGGAUCAUGGCUAACGGAACCGGUACUAUCAUGUUAAAAUGCGUCGUGGUCGGAGACGGUGCAGUGGGCAAAACGUGUCUUCUGAUGAGCUAUGCCAAUGACGCCUUUCCAGAGGAGUAUGUGCCCACAGUCUUUGAUCAUUAUGCAGUGAGUGUCAACGUCGGUGGAAAGCAGUACUUGCUGGGACUGUAUGACACAGCUGGUCAGGAGGACUAUGACCGCCUCAGGCCGUUGUCCUACCCAAUGACCGAUGUCUUCCUCAUCUGCUUCUCGGUGGUUAACCCUGCCAGUUUCCAGAAUGUGCGUGAAGAAUGGGUGCCGGAGUUGCAGGAGUACGCGCCCAGUGUCCCCUACCUGCUCAUUGGCACCCAGAUUGACCUUCGCGACGACCCCAAGACCAUUGCCAAACUGAAUGACAUGAAGGAGAAGCCCAUCGCCACUGAGCAGGGACAAAAACUAGCGAAGGAGAUUGGUGCAUGUUGCUAUGUGGAGUGUUCAGCUUUGACCCAGAAGGGCCUGAAGACGGUGUUCGACGAGGCCAUCAUUGCAAUCCUGGCUCCCAAGAAGAAGAAGGGAGCUCUGAAGAGAAGACUGGGACCCCGCUGCAUCAACUGCUGUCUGAUCACGUGAUACAUAAACCCACGGAUCAUUCAGCAGCAAACCAUAAACCAAACCUGGACUGAAGGCAAAAGAAAAAUGCACAAAAGAGAGGACUGAAAAGGACAAAAUAAGAGCUACUUUUAAGCUGCAGGGCUCUUAAAAGGCCAUAACUCUCUCCUGCUGUCCAACUCGAGUUGAGGAUGCAGUUUACUACCAAAGGAGCACAAAACCCAAGUCAGUCUCUUCGUCAAAAAGACUUUUUGCCUCAAAAGUACCUUCUUUUAUAACCAUUUUUAAUCAUUUUUCCUGUACAAAAUUGUUGUACGCUGUCAUACAAAAAAAAAUGACGUUGCAGUUUAAAGAGAAAUGCUACAUUUUAAGGAGUUCAUAUUAUUUCUAUGGUUUUGAAAGCUACAUUAUUGAUUUGUGAAGUUCUCGAUAGAAGAGCAGAUCAGGAGAGAUGUUAAAGAAUGAGAGGCUGACUUAAGUGACACUGUGACAGUGGCCAGAAUAUACAGGUUUUGUUUUUUAUUUCAAGACUCUGUCGGCCCACAAAGUCUGUCUUCAGUUGUUUGACCUGCAAAUUCAACCACACAAGGUGCUGUGCGUUGUGUGGGGAGAACACAAAUGAGUGAAAUGCUGUUCAGUCGACACAUUUUGGACCUGGAACUGUAUUAUUUUAAAGUUUGAAGGUCAUGUUUUUUGCCUUAUGAAAACCCCAUUAUUUUAUAGUGUGGCAUGCCAAAACAUACUGUAAGUUAGGACCGGGGCUGAGGUCUUCAUCAGGAACUGAAGAGGUCUAUUAUCCAUUUUUAAAAUAUAUAUUAUCCAGAGUUUAUGAUUCUAUAUCUCUAAAAUAGAGAUGAUCUAGUCUGUGCAAACAUUUUAUCAACCGAUAGCUUUCUUUUUCUGUUUUAAUUUUGUUAUCCUGCAAUAACGUGUUUUAUCCUUUUAUCACCUUAAGAAGGUUUAUGAGAGAGAAGAAGAGGGAUCUCAUUUUAGAAAUGAAACUCUGAUUCAUAUCCAACGUCCAAAGAAUCGAAUGCACACUUUCAUCAGAAUCAGCUGGCUAAGGUGACCCAAUACUGUACAUCUAAUGCACAACAUGAAGCACAGUCAGCGCCACUUCAUUUCCCGACACAACAAAGCACAUUCCUCCGCUUUUAAACGCUGCCUCUCUCCCAGAAAAGGCUGAUUGAAGCACACUGUUCCAUCAGGCACACGUAUGAGCAAAGCACAUAAUUUUACCUGCACAAUCACAGUCCGUUCAUAUCAAAUAUCAGCUUUCAUGAUUGAUUGAAAUGGUACAAGAAAGGGUUGCAGCCGUUGGCACCAUCGACAUAUAAAAGACUUCCUCCCUCUGUACAAAAAAUUAAGCCAAAAUAUCCUGGUGACGUUAUUUGGAGCCAGGGUCUGCGCAGUAGUGAUCGGGGUUGGGCUCAGCUGUAAAUCAUGAUGUGAAACCCCCUUUUUGUAGCUUAAAAAAACUAAUUUUAACCAAACUUGUCAGAAAAAUAGUGUGAUAAGAACUACCUAAAAUGACAUAAACCAUCUUUGGGAAGAAUGUAUUUAAGUAUAUUUUGAUGGAGACAGCAGGUUUUAUGACCUAUCCUGCAGUCAGCCACCAGGAGGCGAUCCAGAUGUUUUGGCUUCACUUUUGGGGAGCUGUCAUGUCUUCCAUCUUUAUAUUUGUGGAUGGUUGGCACCAGCUGUUCGUAAAUUCAAACUUGACCUAGUUUAUUGUUUGUAAAGUGGAAAUUUACACAUCGCUAAAUUAAAAUGGGUUGAACCAGAGAAACUACACAAAGAUAAAGUUAGCUUACAAAGAUGUGUCAAGUAUUUUUCAAGUAAAAGAAGUAUCUAUCUGACCUGACACUUCAAUAUGUUUAAUAAUUAUGUAAACUGGGAAGAUUUAAACAGAAAUAAAACAAUGAACCUCAGAUUACGAAUGAGGUUAACAGAAUAUGUUAAGCCAAUAGUCUUAAAGACUCAAUGACUGGUUACAUUGGUUAUGUAACCCAUAAAUUGGAUAUUUGCCAGUCAUUCUAAAACGUAUGAAUACUACUGACUCUGAGAAACAUGUUUCUCUCCCUGUUUGCAUAUAUGAAUAAAUCAAAGUCAAACCUGCCAUUAGAAAUGUAUCAGCACUUUUUAUUAAUUUUAUUGAAGUUUAAUAUAUCACUUGACCCCCUAAAAUGUAUUUUUGGCAGUUUCAGCCCUUGUAAAUGCCAUUAGAGUCAGAGGAACCAGAUGUUUUCACAGAUUAUCUAUCUCAUGUUCUACUGUCAGGAUAUUGUGAAAGUUUCAGUAAAUAUGAUGAAAAAUAUUUUCAUAAAAAUUACAUACUGCAGCUUUAAACAACGAGCAGUCAAUAAGAACUUUACACACAAACUUAGAGAUGGAUUUACGAAUAGCUGCUGCAACCCAACAUAUAGAAGUCAGUCCUUCAGUAGUUUAAAAUAACCACCAUAUUACAAGUUAAGAUGUCCUCACGUGACAGCUGUGAAGAGUUUUAUAUAAUAUAUGGAAACAACAUUACAACCACGUACCAAUCCUGUAGUAACAGGUUAUCCCCUAAGAUACAAAUUGAGAUAAUAUGUGAAGUUUACGAGGAUUUAGAGAAUAGUUAAAAUAUUUAUGAGCCCCUUAUGAGACAACUAUAUGCAAAAAAGGUUUCAGGCCUACAUGUCUAUAAUACUGUGGGUGAUAACUUGAGGCUUUUUCUUGCAACCAAACAUCCAAAAAUAUCAGCUCUUCUUGUUUUUACGCAGCUUUUUCUACCAUUUUUAAUCAAAGGUGCCAACUCUUGCUAAAUGACUUCAGUUAACUUUUCUGUUCAGAGUCAGAUAUGAUGAUUGAUCAAAGCUUUAAUGUAAAAGGUGCUCCUCUCUGUCCCAGCCUGCAUUGUAUAAACUUUCUUUCUGAGUGGACUGCAGGGUGAACCGCUUUCCCUCUCGGACAGUUUUGCUUGCUUGCAUUUGUGUGUGUGAAGGUCCACCCUCAGGAUCCAGGACCUAUAAGUGCCGCAGCCACCGAUGCAUUCUCCCAUUGAUGCUCCUCUCUUCUCAAUAAAUGUGUUUACUGUGUUAAUAA